AUGUCGUCCUCAUCAGCCAAUUUCAAUACUGUUGCCGAAUAUGCUGCGGCCCUCGCCGAAGACCCGUAUGAGUUCGUCUUGACCGACUCGAUGACGGCACUUUGUGGUGCCACUUCUGCUAGCGAUUCCGACAGGGAUUACGAGAACGAGUUCAAAGACGUCGCAAAAGAGUCUGUACAGGGAAAUGCAAUUACCAAAGUUUCCAACAUCCAGGUUUCAGAGUCAAGAACCCCUUUCCCACUGGUCGACGGACCUGCAUCUAACUUCCCGACUCAACAAAACCCCCUCCUGUCUUCAAGGCCUCCGAGCUUGCACCGCUUUCCCCCUCUUACACCUACCAGCAUUGCCAACACCCGUCCUCUUCGUCAUGUUCCCAAGUCGAGGAAACUAGGAGAUAGUCAGUCCUCCAUGGAAUAUCAAAAUGAUUCUAUGAACACUGAAAUCGGCGCCGAAUGCGAUACCCGCUCUUCAGCUUACCAAUCCCAUCGCAACGAAAUCUCCUUCGAGUCAAACAACGAUAGUGUGGAAGGUUCUGGUACCGAAAGGCGUGGAAAUUUCCGGCAAAAUAGAUACCAGCAGCUCACGCAACGCUUGAGGCAUCCUAACAACGCACAGUUGCCUCAGAACAGAAGCCGCAGUGUCGGUGUAACCUCGGAGGUCGGCAUAAAACAAGCCAAUCAGACAAACAACAGCACGAUUGGCGCUCAGCAAUUCAAACGCCAUCAUUCUGAUCGUGUUAAGUCAACCUCCUCGAACGCUGCUACUCACGAUCACUGUGACGAGAACAAGAAUGCGGGCGUAGCUGCCACCGAUACUGACCAUCAUGAGGAGGGAGGCCAGAGUAGCAUGGGCCGUGUUAAGGAUUUCGGGAAACGGAUGUUCAAGAAGGUUAAGGGGGAGGUGAACACUGGUUCCGGAAAGGUUGCCCGCGGGCAUGAUGCGUCUGUCUGA